AUGGGGUCCUGCAGCAGCCAGAGUGUACAGAAGACGGGAAGGGGACAAAAGGUGACGGUGCUACAGAAUAUUUUAGAAACAGAAAAUGAAUAUUCUAAAGAGCUUCAGACUGUGCUUUCAGCCUACCUACGGCCAUUGCAGACCAGUGAGAAGUUAAGUUCAGCAGACAUUUCCUAUUUAAUGGGAAAUCUGGAAGAAAUAUGUUCUUUCCAGCAAAUGCUCGUACAGUCUUUAGAAGAAUGCACCAAGCUGCCUGAAGCCCAGCAGAGAGUCGGAGGCUGCUUUUUAAACCUGAUGCCACAGAUGAAGACCUUGUACCUCAUGUAUUGUGCCAAUCACCCGUCUGCAGUGAACGUCCUCACGGAGCACAGUGAGGAGCUGGGCGAGUUCAUGGAGACCAGAGGUGCCAGCAGCCCUGGGAUCCUCGUGCUGACGACAGGCCUCAGCAAGCCCUUCAUGCGCCUGGACAAGUACCCCACGCUGCUCAAGGAGCUCGAGAGGCACAUGGAGGAUUAUCACACUGAUAGACAAGAUAUUCAGAAAUCCAUGACUGCCUUCAAAAACCUUUCCGCCCAGUGUCAGGACGUCCGGAAGAGGAAAGAGCUUGAGCUGCAGAUCCUGACGGAAGCCAUCCGGAGCUGGGAGGGAGAUGACAUCAAAACCCUGGGCAACGUCAUUUACAUGUCCCAGGUCCUGAUCCAGUGUGCGGGGAGUGAGGAAAAGAAUGAAAGAUAUCUUCUACUCUUCCCAAAUAUUUUGCUAAUGUUGUCUGCCAGUCCUAGGAUGAGUGGUUUUAUCUAUCAGGGAAAGCUACCCACGACAGGAAUGACAAUCACAAAGCUUGAGGACAGUGAAAAUCAUAGAAAUGCCUUUGAAAUAUCAGGGAGCAUGAUCGAGCGGAUAUUAGUGUCAUGCAGCAGCCAGCAGGAUCUACACGAGUGGGUGGACCACCUCCAGAAGCAGACGAAAGUCACGUCUGUGGGGAACCCCACCAUCAAGCCGCACUCCGUGCCGUCCCACACCCUGCCCUCCCACGCGGUCACACCAUCCAGCAAGCACGCGGACAGCAAGCCCGCGCCGCUGACGCCCGCCUACCACACGCUCCCCCACCCCUCCCACCACGGCACCCCGCACACCACCAUCAGCUGGGGACCCCUGGAGCCGCCAAAAACGCCCAAGCCUUGGAGCCUGAGUUGCCUGCGGCCUGCUCCGCCCCUCCGGCCCUCGGCUGCUCUCUGCUACAAGGAGGAUCUCAGUAAGAGUCCCAAGACCAUGAAAAAGCUGCUGCCUAAGCGGAAACCUGAGCGGAAACCUUCUGACGAAGAGUUCGCCUUACGGAAAAGCACGGCUGCUUUGGAAGAAGAUGCUCAGAUUCUGAAAGUCAUCGAAGCUUAUUGCACAAGCGCCAAAACACGGCAAACACUCAACUCGACAUGGCAAGGCACUGACCUGAUGCAUAAUCACGUCUUGGCUGAUGAUGACCAAUCAAGUCUAGACUCCCUGGGUCGUCGCAGUAGCCUUUCCCGUUUGGAGCCUUCAGACCUCUCGGAAGACUCUGACUAUGACAGUAUAUGGACAGCCCAUAGUUACAGAAUGGGUUCUGCAUCUCGUAAGAGCUGUUGCUCAUCUAUCUCUCACCAGAACUAACGCACUCUGAGCUCUCCUAACCAAUGCCUGUUGUAUCGCAGCCUGCUUUCUUAGGUGUUUUCUUGCUGUUCCUUGUCUCUUUUAUGUGAUAUUUUAACAACUCUGGAGAGUGUUCUGAUAUUUCCCACUGUACUUUGUGGAGGCUUAAUUGCCAAUUCGAGAUACGUUCCAGUGACUGCCUGCUGGAGGGAGGUGGUGUGUUCGCACGAGCCCACACCCAGGGGGGCUUUUCUUGAUGGAUGGUCGGUUCACAGCUCCACAGGGUUUGUUUUUUAUCCUCAGUGUAGCAACUGUUUCAUUUUUUUCUGGAUACGGCUGUAUGCACACUUUUAUAUUUUGUCCUGAAACCACACAGGUUUGUGAUCUAAGUGCCAGCACCACGGAGGAGACUCUGGCCUUAUCUGUAGGGACCCGUGUGUGUUAUGUCUCACACCCACACUGACCGAGUAGUGGAGAGAUAAGAAGAACACUUGCGAGUCCAGUUCCGAGGGCUGUGUUCUGGUGAUCACGCGGAACGGCAUGUGGGCUGUGGGCCUUGGCCGUGCACAGACGGGCGGGCGUCACGUGUGUCCAGAGCUUGUCUGCACCCACGGCUCUGUGCUCUGCGUGUGCUGCGUGGUGGCCAGGACGCGGGCGCUCUCCUUUCCAGAGGCAGAGCUGACUGUCCCGGCUCAGAUGUUCACGCUCAUCCUCACCCCGACUUCCCUGAGCUGCAGUGGUUUUGUCAUGUGGCACUUAGCAAGCCUAUGCCACUCUACACUGAAAGCUCUGUCCUGAGGGCUCAGAGUCCCAGAUCUGAAGCAUUCAGCCUCUGCAAGUGUAGACUUGACUGUGUCGGGAGAGGCAUUUGGAAUACUUGAAAGUGGAGUGCUUUGGCUUCAGUCCCCCGGCUGCCCCCAACAUCCAUGCUGGCGCUGUCUUAAAGAGCCAUGAGCACGUCAUUGUUUGCAGCACCCAGCCUCAGUGAAACUCCGUUACAGCAACCCAUAGCGAGAACCCCAAGGCUUCAUGCCGUGGGCACCCAAGUCCGUUGCAGACUUACUAGGUUGCUUGUAACUCGCUU